AUGUCAUUCAAUAGAUCAAAUACUUGUGCCUUAUGUACAGCUCUACCAAGUGUAUCACUAUGUGAAGACGAUCUAUUCAAUCGCCGAAAUGAGCUUAUGGAAGUGAUCAAUAGUCAGUUAAAUAAUGAUUCGUUAAAUGUAAAUCCGUGUUUUGAAAAGAUUGAUCGAUGGCAGAAUGAAAUGCACGCUCAUAUUGAUCGCAUCACUGCUGCAGCGCGGGAUACUGUUUAUAAACUAACCUUUGAAAUCAAUAGUAACAUUCGCAAUGAAUUUGAUGAAAUUUCUAAAGAACUGCAACGACAACAGAAGACAAAUGGAUACAUCGAGAGUGAUUUGAAUCGACUCCGACAACAAUUAAUUAAGUUGAAUGACACCGUUCAACAAUCUCAUAACAAAAUCCAUGUCGAUUCAUCGAAUUCGAGAAAUAUCAAUUGGGAUACAAUGUUAUUUGUUGCAACGAACAAAGCACCACACAUGACCAUGACAUCUACAAGUGUGCCAUCAAGUCCAAAUCUGAACAAUUCAUUGAAUCGAAGCUCUCAUAAUACAAUGUCUUUGAGUCGACACCCAUAUUCAUCUUCGACACACACUCCAAAUUUCUAUCGAACGGUUUCUCGAACUGCAUCAUUAAGCACAGGCUCACGAUCAUCUACAACGUAUGCAUGUAUUGGUUGUAAGACAAUCAAUAAUCUACGAGAAAAUGGACCAAGUUUUUGCUCAGUUUGUCAUUCUCCGGCUCCAUUUUAA